AAGAGAAGAUAAAAAAAAAAUUAAAGAAGACAUUUCAAGGCAGAGGAGAGACAGACAAUGAAUUGGUUUUAAAAAGAGACAGAGAGAGAGAUGGUGGGAGGUUAAGUUUUGUUAGAGAGAGCCCAGCCCCUUGUUCUUCGUUCUACCCUCAAAAAUCGGUGAUUGGUUGAUGGAUGGCGCCUCCUCCUGACUGCCAUUGAUUUCUUUAAAUAUUUUGGUCGGGGCAUGGAAGAAGAGCUUGCCAUGCUCAAACAGUUCAUCGGCCAGCUUCAAGAGCUCUUGCACAACGGCUCUCAUCCUUCUUCACCUCCCUCCUCCUCCUCUUCUUCUUCUUCCUUUAUAGUUCUACACAACCCUCACUAUCAGCAGCAGAACCGAUGGUGUUUACCCUUUACUGAGGAAACUUCUGCUGAUGAUUCUUGUGAUAUUCUAAUGGCUCCUGGUAAGAGGCCUGAGGGAAGAAUCUUCAACAUGCUAGAGACUGUCAAGCAACCUGUCAAACGAUCUCGUAAAGACAAGAAGAAUCGAGGAAAAUCAUCAUCCACUCAAGGAGGAGAUGAUGAUGAUGGCAUUACUGGAAACAUGGAUCAAGAAAUCUGGCAGGAGUUUCCUCACGAUCUCUUUGAAUCUCUCGUCUCCAGACUCCCCAUCCCCAAGUUCUUCCAGUUCCGUGCUGUUUGUCGUAAAUGGAACGCUCUCAUUGAUUCAGACAGCUUCUCCCGCUACUGCACCGACCUCCCCCAGACCGUCCCAUGGUUCUACACCAUAACCCACGAGAAUGUCAACUCGGGGCAAGUGUACGAUCCUUCCUCCAAGAAAUGGCACCAUCCCAUCAUCCCUUCACUGCCCAAGAAGACUAUCGUUUUGCCUAUGGCUUCCGCGGGAGGCCUGGUGUGCUUCCUCGACAUUGGCCACCGGAACUUCUACGUGAGCAACCCUCUGACCAAGUCCUUCAGAGAGUUGCCAGCUAGGUCGUUCAAGGUGUGGUCUCGCGUUGCGGUGGGAAUGACUCUCAACGGAAACUCCACCGGUGAUGGAUAUAAGGUCUUGUGGGUUGGAUGCGAAGGAGAGUACGAAGUCUAUGAUUCAUUGAGCAACGUGUGGACCAAACGAGGGACCAUCCCGUCCACCAUAAAGCUUCCCGUACUGCUCAACUUCAAGUCACAGCCAGUGGCUGUCCAAAGCACGCUCUACUUCAUGUUAACUGACCCGGAAGGGAUACUGUCCUACGACACGGUCUCAGGGAAAUGGAAGCAGCACGUCAUCCCUGGUCCGCCGGACCUGAGCGACCACACGCUGGCGGAGUGCGGAGAGAGGCUGAUGCUGGUGGGUCUUCUGACUAAGAACGCUGCCACGUGCGUAUGCAUAUGGGAGCUGCAGAAGAUGACGUUGUUGUGGAAGGAGGUUGACAGAAUGCCAAACAUAUGGUGCUUGGAGUUUUACGGAAAGCACAUAAGGAUGAAUUGUCUAGGCAACAAAGGUUGUCUGAUGAUGUUGUCCCUGAGGUCCAGACAGAUGAACCGUCUGAUUACCUACAAUGCGGUUACUAAGGAGUGGACCAAGGUCCCUGGGUGUACCGUUCCUCGUGGGAGAAAGAGGCUUUGGAUCGCUUGCGGAACAGCGUUCCAUCCCUCCCCUACGGCUAGGGCUUGAUCAAUCUAUCUCCAUCUUUUGAGGUUUGUAUAUCCUCUCGGAAUCGACACUCGGUUGGUUUGUUUGUUUCUGUUCUUUUGAUUUUUCGUUUUUUUUGGAUAUUUGGGACUGUAAUAUACUUACAAAGCAUUCGUGUUGUGUAAUAAAUAACUUUGGGUUGUGUGAUAAAACUGGUCGGAACUUCUUGACACAGAUCCGAGUUAACA